AUGAGCCCAGAGAACCUCACUUGGGCCUGGGUUGCCCCGGCUGAAUUCAUCCUCCUGGGCAUCACAGAUCGCUGGGACAUGCGCAUGACCCUCUUCCUGAUCUUCCUGCCUGUCUACCUGGUGAGUCUGCUGGGAAAUGUGGGCAUGGUGCUGCUGAUCCGCGUGGAUGCCCGGCUCCACACACCUAUGUAUUUCUUCCUGGCCAACCUCUCCCUGUUGGAUGCCUGCUGUUCCUCAGCCAUCGGCCCCAAGAUGCUAGUAGAUCUGCUGCUGCCCUGUGCCACCAUCCCUUACACAGCAUGUGCCCUCCAGAUGUUCAUCUUUGCAGGACUGGCUGAUGCAGAAUGCUGCCUGCUGGCAGCCAUGGCCUAUGACCGCUAUGUAGCUAUCGGAAACCCUCUUCUCUACACAACAGCUAUGUCACCACGUCUAUGCCUGGCCUUGCUGGGGGCAUCAGGUCUGGGUGGGGCAGUGAGUGCCUUUGUCCACACAACCUUCACCUUCCGCCUGAGCUUCUGUCACUCCCGGGAGGUCAACAGCUUCUUCUGCGAUAUCCCUCCACUGCUGGCCAUCUCAUGCAAUGACACCAGUCUCAACGAACUCCUCCUCUUUGCUGUCUGUGGCUUCAUCCAGACAGUCACAGUGUUGGCUAUUGCCGUGUCUUACUGUUUCAUUGCUGGGGCUGUGGUCCGCAUGCACUCGGCUGAGGGCCGUCGGCGAGCAGCCUCCACCUGUGGCUCCCACUUCAUGGCUGUGGCCAUACUAUAUGGGACCCUCAUCUUCAUGUACCUGCGUCCCAGCUCCAGCUAUGCCCUGGACACCGACAAGAUGGCCUCUUUGUUCUACACCCUUGUCAUUCCUGCUCUCAACCCGCUCAUCUACAGCCUCCGCAACAGGGAGGUCAAGGAGGCCCUCAGGCGGACCUGGACUCGAUUCUGCUGUCCUGAGCCGGGGCACCAGUGA